AUGACUAAUACAAAAGUUAUAAAAAUUAGAGAUAAGACUGAGCGAUAUGAAAAUUUUAGUAAAACAAAACUCCUAGGUUUUUUGAAGACACUAGUAUUUGAAUUGGAUACCGAAUAUAUAAACCUCGAAGAAAUAGUAAAUAAAGUUACUGAUGGGUUGCCAGACUUAAUCACAGUGAAAGAUUUAUUAGAAUUAUUAGCAGAAUCAAUUGCCACCAAAAUUAUUUAUCAUCACGAUCAUUCAAUAUUAGCAGGAAGAGUGGAGGCAGUUAAUUUACAAAGAAUGGUUGGUUUUAAUUUCAGCAAUAAUGUUAUCCGAAUGAGAAAUUAUAAAAGUAGCAAAACUGGAAAAAGUUAUGGUGUAGUUUCCGAUGAAUAUUUUAAGACUGUCAUGGAACAUAAAUAUAUAUUGAAUUCGAUUAUAGAUAGCAAAAGAGACUUCGAAUUGACAUAUUUUGGGAUUAAAACAUUACAAAAUUCAUAUUUGUUAAAGUUGGAUGAUGUUGUUAGUGAAACACCUCAGUUUAUGUUUUUAAGAGUUGCCAUAGGCAUUCAUGGUAAUGAUAUUGAUAGUGUUAUAGAAACUUAUGAAUUAAUGUCGAAGAAGUAUUUCAUACAUGCAUCACCGACAUUAUUUAAUUCAGGAACUGAAUAUAAUUAUUUAUCUUCUUGUUUUUUACUUGCCAUGGAAGAUGACUCAAUAGACGGUAUUUACAAAACAUUACAUAAGUCUGCAUUAAUUUCUAAAGCAUCUGGAGGAAUUGGGCUACAUGUACAUAAUAUUAGAGGAAGUGGAUCAUAUAUUUCUAGUUCUAAUGGAACUUCAAGUGGCUUAGUGCCUAUGUUGAGGGUUUUUAACAACACAGCGAGAUAUGUUGAUCAAGGAGGUAAUAAAAGACCCGGAGCAUUCGCCAUUUAUAUUGAACCAUGGCACUGUGACAUCAUAAGUGUAUUAGAUUUAAAAAAAAAUCAUGGGAAGGAAGAGAUGAGAGCAAGAGAUUUGUUUUAUGGGUUAUGGAUACCUGAUUUAUUUAUGGAGAGAGUAAAAAAAGAUUUAGAUUGGUCUCUCUUUUCUCCUGAUGUUAGUCCUGGAUUAAGUGAUUGUUAUGGAGAUGAAUUUAGAAAUCUCUACGAAAAUUAUGAGAAGUCAGGAAAAGCUAUAAGUACUAUUAAAGCACAAAAGCUAUGGCGUGCAAUUCUAGAAUGUCAAACUGAAACUGGUGGCCCCUACAUGUUGUUUAAGGAUGCAUGUAACAUGAAGUCGAACCAAAAGAACUUAGGAACUAUUAAAUCAUCUAACCUUUGUUGUGAAAUUAUUGAAUAUUCAUCGCCCGAAGAAACAGCGGUUUGUAAUUUAGGUUCUUUAGCUUUGCCAUCAUUCAUCAAGAGUCAUAAUGAAUUAGAAUAUGAUUUUGAUAAACUUCAUUCAGUUACAAAAGUAUUAGCCAAAAAUUUGAAUAAGAUAAUAGACACUACCAAAUACCCUAUUGAAAGUGCUAAACGAUCAAACAUGAAGAAUAGGCCCAUUGCAAUAGGUGUGCAGGGUUUAGCUGAUUUAUUCUUAGAAUUAAGAUUACCUUUUGAUUCUAAGCAAGCGAAAGUUUUAAAUAUCCAAAUUUUUGAGACCAUUUAUCAUGCUGCAAUUGAAGUAUCAAUUGAAUUAGCAAUCAAGGAUGGCCCAUAUGAUAAUUUUAAAGGCUCUCCUAUUUCCCAAGGAUUACUUCAAUUUGAUCUUUGGAAUCAUAAACCAUCACAGUUAUACUCUGACUGGGAUGAGUUGAAAUUUAAAGCUAAAACAUUAGGUGUUCGGAAUUCGUUACUAGUUGCACCAAUGCCUACUGCUUCAACAUCUCAGAUUUUAGGGUUUAAUGAAUGCUUCGAACCUUACACAUCUAAUAUAUAUAAUCGGAGGGUAUUAUCUGGGGAAUUUCAAGUAGUCAACAAAUACUUGAUGAAGGAUUUAAUUGACCUAGGUAUCUGGAACUCCUCUAUGAAAAAUAAAAUAAUCUUGGAGAACGGUUCGAUUCAAAAAAUACCCGUUAUACCGAAUGAAUUGAAACAGCUUUAUAGAACAGUUUGGGAAAUUUCUCAAAAAGUGAUCAUUGACCUAGCAGCCGAUAGAGGAAAAUUCAUAGACCAGCUGCAAAGUAUGAAUAUUCAUUUGCAAGAUCCAACUUUUGGCAAGUUAACAAGCAGCCAUUUCUAUGCCUGGGAAAAAGGCUUGAAAACUGGUAUGUACUAUCUAAGGACGCAGGCUGCCACUAGGGCUAUACAAUUCACAGUCGAUUUAGAUGAAUCUUCAAAGCUAGACUUACAAACAGAAGUCAACAUGGGUUCAUUAAAAAGAAAAUCGUACCAUGAAAUUGAUAAGAUUGAACAGCUGCAAAAAAAAAUUAAAUCUGAUAAAUCCAAAAUUAUAGGUAAUAAUAUAAAAAGCAAAACUCAAACCUAUAUAACACCAGAAUCAACUGGGAUUGAUAGCCCCGAUACCGCAGGAGAUAAUGAAGGGUCGUUUGACAUUUAUGACACUACACCUGUUGCUUGUGAUAUUAAGAAUGUGGCAAAUUGUGAUUCAUGUUCUGGCUGA